AUGGAUGUUUCUAUCAACAUAACGAUAUUGAGUUUUAUGGUCAACAGUCGGAACUUCUUCCCCGGGAUUCCAUACACCGCGCCGGCCUUUCAGGUGGCCGUCGAUGAAGUCAACGCCGACGGGCGGAUUAACAUGACGCUGGUGUUGUUGACGCGGACGGAUUUGGUGGCCUGUGAGGAUCUGAUUAAGAACUGGUAUAUGGUACCUGAAUAUUAUUACACGAAAUGGAGCGGAAAAGGAACGUUGGUUUUGUCGCUUAGCGGUUGCGAGGAAAACGCCGAAUUACGAAUCCUUGCCCGUGAAUGGAAUAUUCUCUUAGUGGGAACGACACUGAACGGCAACAAUCCGCUUCUGUACCCAACCGUAGUGUCGUUCACGCCAGGUGACGCGGUCCCCCUCAGCACCACCUUCGUUUCGCUGUUCGACCAUUUCGGUUGGACCAAUAUCGUGGUACUGCACGACAGCAACGGCGUCCUGAAUCCGCUACAAGCCAUGUUUCAGGAGAAACUCAAAGUCAUUCUCCGGCAGAUUUCGCCCGGGAAAGCCAAUCAGUAUAAUUUCCUGUUUCUCCAAGCCAACAGCACCGGUGUGGUUCCUUACGAGGAAAUGCUCCUGCGCGUUAAACCCAUAAGUCGAAUUGUGUGCUUACUAUUCCCGGCGAAAAUCGUCCGAAUGUUCUUGAUUGUAGCCGAUCGUCUGCAAAUGACUAAUGCGGAGUACGUGUAUAUUAUGGGAGAACCGUUCAGGAGCGUGCGUCGUUGGGGCAUCUUGACGCCCACCCUGGGCGACGGCUACGACAUGAUUGCCAGAAAUGCAUUCCCAUCGCUGUUGCAAAUUACCGGCGAUUGUGAAAACGGCACGAACAGGGAUAUGCUGGCUGUCAUGCGGCUGAUCCGGGAGCGGGGAGUUGCGCGCUAUAAUGCUCUCUACGACGCAGAGGAAGAACCAAACCCAAUGACGAUGGCCGCGUAUUUCGCGGUGAAGUCCUUAGCACAGGUUUUCCUGGAAAAUAUGCCGAAUGACGGUGGAGCGUAUUCGGGUAAGCAGAUGGCCGCAAAAUUCUACAACCGAACAUUUCGGUUUCCGGGAACAACGGUCUAUAUUGGGAACGAUGGAAUGCGGCGGACGCCGUACUGCACUAAGGCAUAUAAUGCUUCGACUGAAUCCUUUCAGGUCGUGUCCAAGCAUUACGGUCUGCAGAUGGCGCUCGUGGCUAAUCGCAGCUUUACGUGGCGGAUGUCGGAUAAUCGCCCACCAAGCAAUGUUCCCGCGUGUGGAUAUUCCGGAGAUGCCGGCAUCUGUUUGGAGGAAGUGAAAUCCAAACGCAAUCUGCUGAUGCUCGUCAUACUGGCUCUUGGUGGAUUACUACUUUUACUCGUUAUCCGAAUUUGGCAGAUACGGAAACGAGCGUUCUUAAAUCGUAACUGGUGGCAUCUGGAUAGCGCUGCGGUUACUUGUCAACUCUACGGCGUCGCAACGCACACCAUCUCCAAAAUCGUUGCGUGGAAUUCGCUGGAAUUCGUACCCCUAGGAGCGAGCGAAGUAGUAAAGAAUGCCGAGCACGAACAAUACGGACGCAGUGGACUGAUGACAAUGCAGUCCAGCCAACGACGCGCAUAUUUUUGCAAAGGUCAGCAGGUGGCUGUCAAAGAAAUCCCCGCUUUACGGCCGGUGGCGCGCGAUACGCUUGCACAACAGCGUUUGCAUCAGCUGCGAUCGGUAAAAUCUGAGAACCUGGUGCGCACGAUCGGUAUCUUGGAUGGGAAAGCAUCAUGGAUCUUUGUGACGGAAUUUAUGCCGCGAGGAACUAUGGCUUUCUUCAUGGAAAAAAGCAGUGUCGAUACCGAGUUGCGGCUAACACUGCUGUACGACCUUUUGAAGGGUGUGUCGGCUAUCCAUGCCUCGCCAUUUCUCCGUCACGGUUACUUAUCACCAAACGCUUGCUUUAUUGACCGGCAUUUUACGCUCAAGCUAGAAUGCGGGUUAUACGAUAUUACGAAGAACUCAGCUAAUUUCGAGCACUCCCCGGCCGAAACUACGACCAGCCGCUUUAUUGCGCCGGAGCUCGUUGAUUACUUGUUGCUGUGUCGCGUUUCGUGGAUGUUAACGAAGCACGCAUUACCGCACCACGAUAUGUACGCAAUCGGUGGAUUAAUUCACUGGACGCUAGAUUUUCCGCAGAAUGUGAAACCGCCGCUGACCGAGUUGGUGAUGGUGGACAGACUAAGGGCGCUGGCUACGCUGUGCCAGAGCGUCGACGGUAGCGAACGUCCCCGGAUCGGCGAAGUGGUUCCCGUGUAUAGAGAUAUCACGCUGGUUCAGGAUGAAAAACUGAUAGAAACACUGCUGAAGAAGAUGGAAACGUACAACGGGAAGUUGGAGCAGAUUGUGCAUGAACGGACACUGGAGCUGCGCCGUGAGCAGGCGCUGAGUAUGGAGCUCCUUCGCGAAAUGCUACCAAAAGUUGUAGUGCAGCAGUUGGUCUGUGGGCUUCCCGUGCAGGCUGAGCUCUUCCAGCGGACUUCGGUAUCGUUCGCCAUCGUCUGGGGCUUUGCGGAAUUCUGUGCGAACGUGUCGCCCGGCGACAUUGUACAUCUGCUGAACAUUAUCUUCACCAUGUUUGACGGGUGCCUGAAGAAUGCCGACGCGUAUAAAGUGGAAACGAUCAGCGACUGUUACGUGACGGCGAGCGGUCUGCCGACUGCCAAUGGGAACCGGCAUGCCAUGGAAAUCUGCCGGUUAGCGUUGGAUUUACGCCAGUGCUUCCUGUGCAUUCCGCGACUGGACCACGGCAGCGGACUACAGCUGAAAAUCGGCGUGCAUUCAGGACCUUGUGCGGCCGGUGUAGUCGGCAAUAAAAGGCCACGAUACUGCUUGUUUGGUACCACCGUUAAUGUGGCGUCGAGAUUGGCCUACAGUGCCGAGACGCGGAGGAUCCAGAUCGGCGGAGCUACAGCGCGACACGCCGGCAACUGGCCGACACUACGCGUUAUACCGCGCGGGAUGACCUUUGUGAGGGGCGUGGGCAACAUGAAGACCUUUUGGCUGGAGCGUGGCGAGGGCAAUCCUUGA